AUGCCUGCAAGGACUAAAACUUCGACACAACAAGUGGUGCUUGCAGGAUCGGCUUCUGCCAGUAGCCUCUCCUCCUCCUCCACAGGAACUCUCUCGAACAACAGCAGCAGCAGUGUGGGCUUGGGUGUGAUCGCUCAUUCGGAUGGUGACGUAGUGCUCCAUGCAGUCGCAGACGCAGUAUUUGCUGCGGCCGGAGCCCCCGAUAUCGGGCAGCAAUAUCCUGAUACUGCACAAGUGAACAGAGGUAGAGACUCGCGAGACUUUGUUGCAGCGGCGGCUGCAGCGGCUGCUGCUGCCGGGUACUCUAUAGCGCAGGUAGACGCGACUUUGCUACUGCAGUACCCCCACAUCAGCAGCAAGAAGCAACAAAUGAUAGACUCCUUGGCAGAAGCGCUGGGAAUCAGCAGCAGCAGGAUCUCCUUAAAGGCCAAAACGGCUGAAGGCGUGGGGCCUGUAGGCCGCAGCGAGGCGGUAGAGUGCUAUGCCGUUGCGCUGUUGCAGCAACAGAGUGUAUAG